AUGAAUUCGCUACCCUCUGAACUCCUACAGGACAAUGUCUAUGGCAUUCUAAACGCUGCCGAUCGCCAUCAAUUGGCCAUGGCCAUACCGCGGUCGUCUAAACACUUGCUUGGCGACGAAGGUGCACUUGAUGAGUUUGUUCGUACCGGUGGUUCGUCGGACGUCCGGUUCUCGCGCCCAUUCGCUCUCACACACAUUGUGUACGAGCUAGGCCAUGUUGUCAAGGACCAGGGACUUCUAGCCAAGUACUUGAGCUCACACCCAGCCCCGGUGAUGAUGGAAGAACAUCAUGGAAACAUGGAAGAUGUGACGCUCGCCUUCCCCCA